AUGGGGAGCCUCAAGUAUGACCCAAAGCUUCUCGACACUCUGAGCCAAUCUCUGGCCUCCGUGGCUGAACUCCUUGCUCCUCGUUCGUCCCCCAGAAAUGGGCCUCGAGGUUUCGACGCCUUCGACACUCAACGGUUCUCUCAAUACCUGCAUCAGGUCAGCACAACCAGCACCUUGGAACACGGAACCCGCCGUGAUCGACAGGGACAGGCGGCGCUCAACUUCAUCGUCAAGUCUCUUCUUCAGCCUGCUAACGAGCUCAUGUCGUGCUUGCUUCUGCCCAGAGGGAACCACGUCUUCUGGCGACUCUGGCAGAAUUGCCACUCCACGAGCCCCACCACUGGAAACGCAUCACGCUUGGAGCUCGUCUGGAAGAACCAUGCUGAACAGGAGGAUGUUUUGUGUGUACUUUCGGCAACUAACCCCGACGCCGUAUGGCAUGGAUAUAUUAAUGUGUUCUCUUUCGACAUUGGGCGUGGGGACGUCGUCGUGACGGCUGACAGCAAAAUCAAGGAGCGGGGCACACCGGUGAAUCUCGCAACUGACUCUUCCCUCCUGACACUUCGUGUUCUCAGCGAUAUGAACGAUAGCAACUCGGACUUCGGCAUCAUGACCAACUGCAACACGUUUGUGGCUGUCCGGAAAACCAUUGGAGGGGCCAGCACAGUGUUCAACUUCUCUCCCUCAAUUGAAGGCUCUGGUAGCCCCUUCAACAGCAACCUGUGCCAGUCUCCUUUCGGCUUGCUCAUGGGUAUCGCUGUCUCUGCACUCUCUGAGCGCGGUGUGAAGGUCAUGUCUGGUCGAUCCCCGACCACAUCGGCUGUUUUGAAGCACGUUUUGAACGGGCUGCAUCACUUUGACCCUCUCCGUGUGUCAAGGAGCAUCAGCUACCCAAAGGAGCACAAUCGCCACUCCAACCACAGCCCACAAACGUCGUCGUACGUCUGUCAACUCGGCCCAGCAGUUUUCUCUCUCGGCUUCCCUCAGGGUCACUCCUACGAGGAACUGUGGCCAGCCACCUUCUAUGGCGACUUCAUUGUCGAGCCCGGCGAACUGUUCCUGUCACUCCUUGACAGGCAUUGUGACGACUUUGCGUGGAUUCCGACUCUUCAAGUGGUGGAUUUGGUAGCGCAGGGCUACACAUGGAACGUCUGGACCGCUUGUGUCCCGUGGGCAUACCCCUCAAAGCCUGACGUUGUCAUUCGCUGGGGCCGCGUCAGGCCAAGCAACCUCAGACGCAUCGCUGAGGAAGGCGAGAUUCUGCGCGGCGAACUGCGCCCUUUGGAGGGCCUGGUUGUUCCUCGAUUCUAUGGUCUUUUCGGGUCAGUCCAGCCAAAGGACGACGAACAGUGGUGUAUGCUCUUCGACUUUGCUGGACAGGUCCCCACCGACGAGGAGCGCAGCAGCAAGAACCUUCACGGCCAGAUUCGGCGCCAGUACGAGAGACUCCACAAGGCCGGUAUUGUUCACAACAAGGUUGAAUGGCACCACAUUCUUGUGCUCGACAGCCGUCCUGCAUCCUCUCGGGUGUGGCUCGUUGACUUCGCCAAGGCGCGUACCCAAAAGAGCAUGCGCCAGGCCGAGUGGGAAGACCUCUGCGAGAGAGAGAUGGCCGAGGUCGAGACCCUCUUCCUUGCUCACCGUCGCUCCAGUCACUGUCUGAUUGAGUAA